CGCGAGCUUGCCGGCGUUCACGUUGACGUGUAUCAGUAUCGUUCUGUGCGCCGUGGGGGGCGGUCGUGUUGCGCGGGAAAAUUACGACCCUGACGUGUUAGUACGCGACCGUUCAUUAUAUAACCGUGUGCUGUUUGUUUUGUGAGCCAGCCCUAUUUGUGAACAACGGAUGUAUUGAACUUUAUAAAGAAUGCGAACAACCUGUUCCUUAGCCUGAUCAUCAAGCUGAAUGUGCAACCAUGAGCCUCGGACACUAUAGCGGUGUAGUGGCGUCUGUUUCGUGAAAUGUGCGCAAUAUGAGCAGGGGUAGCUGGCUGGCGAUGGUGGCGGUGGUGGUGGUAGCCGGGGCGGUGCGGGGGUGGGACUGUGUGUGUAACCCCCGGGAGUGCGAGGUGCUGGAGCCGAGUGGCUGCCCCGGGAUGGGGAUCGUUGUUUGGGAUCCGUGCAGAUGCUGUAAAGUAUGCGCUAGGACGUUAGGGGAGGACUGCGGCGGUUUCAGUGGGACUUGUGAGCCAGGACUAAAGUGUCUCGAUGGUUCGUGCACGCCAAUCACGUGAACCAACGUGAUUGGCGGAGUGACACACCUGUAAUAUAUGUGUAUAGUGUUGAUAGAAACAAUACAUAUCUCACAACGUAGCAAACGAGAGGACCAUGCGGUACUAGGCGCGCAAUGCAAGCUUCAUAUUGGGUGACAAUAAAUCGCUAAGCUACGUAAGUAAACGAAGAGACAUUACGAACGAACAGUAUUGUUACUACGUCGAUAUGUUGCAUGCAGAUUAUUUCUUUGAACGAACGCAAAUUUCAUUUUAAUGUCCCUGAAGAUGGGCGCGAUAGAACCUACAUCUUUGUGCUCGUUCGUACAUUACAUUUGGUUAUAUGAACGUUUUUAAAUUUUAUAUCUCCAGACGGAAUACUCGUUUGAUAAUGUAGUAACUUUUUGUGUGUUAUUUUUAUUCGAGUUAAACUUUUUGGGCACAUACUUUUUUGUUUGAUUGUGUUUCCAAAGCAUUAUUUAUUAUGUUAGCAUUUGUGACAAUAGUCAUUAUGUUACAACUUUCCCUUUGCUAUGUGACCUCAAAUAAUUUUAGGGCAAAUACGGUAACCUAAUAAAUUAUGUUCAAUAUUCCUACAUAUUACUACUUUCUUAAUCGAGUAUCAAAUAUGGUUUGAAGAAUUUCCAUUUUAAUGAUUGAUGAACC